UACACACAGAUACAUGUACAUACACAAAAAUACACAUGCACAGACACAUGUACACACACAUAUACAUGUAGAUACACAGACAUAUGUACAUGCAUACACAGACACAAACAUGUACACGUACACACACACCCCCCCAUAAAAAGUUGCAGUACUUUGUUGUUCACUCACAGAGCCGGGUACUGCACUCUAGGGGGAGGCAGAGAGCACAGCACACACUCCUUUCUUUGCUUUCACUGCGCUCAGCUAUUGAGCAGUCUGAUGGCUCCCAGUGCCAGUGACAGAUCCAGCCUGAGCUCUGAGCCUGCUCAGCAAGACAGACCUGGGGGACAUACUUGCCCCCACCAUAAUUUCCACUCACCAUUGGCGAGCAGGCGAGUUUAAAUUUCAAGCCCUGGAUUACGCGAUGCAAUGUAGUU